GUCAGGGGGGUGUGGCGCUCCGACCCGGGGCGAAUCCGACGGGCGGCGCCGCGUUGUUGUUUCCCGGAGCGCCAUGUUGGGCGUCGCGGCCGGGAGGACUCCGCGGGAUCCCCGGGGGACACGCCGUGGGCUGCGGCUGCUCGCGCCCGGGAAGGGCCCCCAGCCGGGCCGACCCCGGAAGGGCCACGCUAACUUGAGCUCCGCCCCCAGCGGCUCGGGAAGACGUCCUGGAGACCCGCAGGAACGUCACGCCGGCGUGUCUCGCUCCUCCCUCGCGGCUGGGUCUCCGCGGGGACAGCCUCGGUCAGUGGCGGGAGUCUGGCCCCUGCCGUCUGUGUCUUCACCUGAAGAGUGGCACUGAGGACCACACACGCCCGCUUUGUUCGUAAACUCAGACCACAGCUGCGAUUCCCCAAAAAGCUCGGACUGGGAUGGCUAUUCUUGGUUGUCAACUUGACUAUAUUUGGAAUGAACUACAAUCUAAAAAUGGAGGGCACAUCUGUGAGAGAUUUUCUACUUGGUUUGAAGUGGAUGAAUCUACUUCUUGUCCAGACCUUUGAUCUGGGUCUUGAGGCAGGAAAGCACACCUUUAAUAUUGUCCAUACCUUCUGUUGGAAGCCUAUAUAAGGACAUAGAAGAAGGAAGCUUUUGCUCUUUGCCUGCUUGUCCUCACCUUGCUAGCCCAACCAUUCUUUCACUGGCAUUGGCGCCUACUUCUUCGGGAUUACAGCAUAUGCAGAAGACCAGGUGAAACAUCCAACCCUGUGGGACUGAGCAACUGCUGAAUUCUUGGACUUUUCCUUCACAGCUAGUCAUUGUUGGGAGUAGCUGGACUGCAGGUUCUAAGUCACUCCAUGAGACAGAUUCAUUCCAUAAGUUCUUUGACUCUAAAGAACCCUAACUAAUACAGAUUUUGGUACCAGAAGUGGUUCUAGAGAAACAGACAUAUAAAGAUGAAUCUUUUAAGUAUCUGGAAUAGGCUUUUCAAUUCAUCAGAACCUUCAGCUACAGUCACUUCCUCUCCUGGGAGCUUGGAGAAUGCUGAAAGCCCGUGGUGUGAAUUAUAUUACAAACUUAAAGAGUUAGAUGCAUUUGAUUAUCCUGAUUCACCAAUUGUAAGUGGCAAUGGAUGUGAUGACUCUGUAUAUGAAACUUUUGACAGUUUGGGGGAAAACAAGGAAAAUGAUGCUGCUGGUUGGUUGCUCUUAGCAUCUCUGGAUAAAUUAAUAAAGGAUAGGAAUGAGCUCCGUGGUAAAAUUAAUCAACUUCAGAAUACGGUGAAGGACAACAAAAAACUUAGUGAUAAAAUUGACCAGCUCCAGAUGCAAGUAAACUGUUUAAAGGUUUCUAAGUGUACCUUGGAAGAGAAUCUUCUCUCCAGCAGCCACAGAGCUCAAGUUGUAGAAAAUCAAACUGAAGCCCUCAUUAUAAGGUUGGCUGAACUACAGCGAAAAUUCAAGUCUCAGCCUCAGAGGGUGUCAGCAGUUAAAGUAAGGGCAUUAAUUGGUAAAGAAUGGGAUCCUGUAACUUGGGAUGGGGAUGUGUGGGAGGACCCUGUUGAAGCUGAGAACUUUGAACUCUCAGAUUCUCAAGGGUUUAUCUCACCAGAGGAAAUAGUACCCUCAGCCCCACCCCUUGAAAUACUGCCUAUUUCACCUUUCAUUGAGGAAAUUAAUCCUUCAUUGUCUGAUAAACCAGCAGUGACUUUCUCUGAAGAAAAUGCCAGGCACGACAAUGUUGCUGUCCCUCAAGGCCCACCAAUAGUUGGCUCUAGACUUUUAACUGGACCUAAAGCAAAGCAGACUCCUCAAGGGGAGAUAGAAAGUGUAGUCCAUGAGGAGGUGCACUACACUACUAAAGAGCUGAAUGAGUUUGCUAAUUCAUUCAAGCAGAAGUCUGGAGAAUAUGUGUGGGAAUGGGUUUUAAGGGUGUGGGAUAAUGGUGGAAGGAACAUAAAACUAGAUCAGGCUGCAUUUAUUGAUAUGGGCCCUCUAAGUAGAGAUUCUAGGUUUAAUAUGGACGCUCGCACAGUUAAAAGAGGUGUCAAAAGUCUGUUUGAAUGGUUGGCUGAAGCGUUUAUCAAAAGAUGGCCUACUGAAAAGGAGUUGGAGAUGCCUGAUGUCCUUUGGUUUAGUGUUGAUGAAGGAAUUUUAAGGCUCAGGGAAAUUGCUAUGCUAGAGUGGAUAUACUGUGUAAAACCUAAUCCUCCUCAAUGGGAAGGUCCAGAAGACAUGCCCUUCACUAAUCCCAUAAGACGCAAACUGGUGAGAGGGGCACCCGCACAUUUGAAGAGCUUUGUUGUCGCCCUUCUCCUUGUGCCAAACCUGAGGGUUGGAGAUGCUGCUGCUCAAUUGGAUGAAUUAAAUGCAAUGGGUUUAAUUGAGCCCCCAGAUAGCAGGGGCCAGGUGGCAGCACUGAAUUACCUGAGGCACAAAACAGGUCUCAUACUAGACUAACCAGGCAAAGUGAAUUUUAUUUUGGCAUGACUCAUAUGAACCUUUGGUACUGGCUAAUCAAUCAUGGUGUUUCCAGGCAUCCAGUCAAUGAGAAGCCUACUGUAUUUCUGUUUGAUCUGGAUAAGCAGAAAAAUUCUCAAGUGAAAGAAAGGCUGCAUUGGAUCUUGACAAAAGGCAGUCUUGGCUAGUGAAUCAAUUUCCACCUUGAGCCAGUUUACAGACCCAGAACCUCUUGAAUGAAGGGGUGGGCAACUUCCCCUGAGGAAGGACCCUGAUAAGAUACCUAAAAGUUUUAUAGUUAAGUCUUUCUCCAGCUCUUAUCCAGAGGGACCUGUGGCCUUUUACAAGGGUAACUGUACACUGGGGGAAAGGAAACAAUCAGACUUUCUGGGGUCUGUUGGAUGCUGGAUUGCCACUGAUUCCAGAAGAUCCCAAGAAGCACUGUGGCCCUCCAGUUAAAGUAGGGGCUUAUGGAGGCCAGAUGAUUAAUGGAGUUUUGGCUGAAGUCUGACUCACAGUAGGUCCCCAAACUCAUCCAGUGGUUAUUUCCUCAGUUCCAGAAUGUAUAAUUGGGAUAGAUAUACUUAGAAGUUGGCAGAAUUCUCGUUGGUUCCCGGGCCUGUGGAGCGAGGGCUAUUAUGGUUAGAAAGGCUAAAUGUGAAGCCUUUAGAGUUGCAGGUGCAACUGCCAAAGAAAA